GAAGGGCAUUACUUCAUCUGGGUUGUCCCUUCCUCCUUUGCCGCAGACAUCUCUGUACAAAGUUUGAUAAUCAACGAAUGCUGAUUGCUGUAGUUUGCUGCUGGCAGUGGGGAUAGAGAGCGCGCCACACCAAACGGCCCCCGCCUCAAGCUCAGCGGCUCGAGCUGAGCCCGGCUGCGGUUACCAGGCGACCUGCGUCAGUCAGCACGAGAGCGGCGUCAGUGUCAGCUCGAGCUCGAGCCCGAGCCCGGACCAAGGCCCCGCCCCAACUCCCAGCCCAGCGGCCGGCUCCCCUCCAUCAGGGAGUUUCACAGGUCACGCCGAGACAGCGGGAGACCGGCGGGUCCGAGUGAGGGUUAGACCGCUUACCGAGGACAAGGGAGAGUGUGUGUGUGUGAGUGAGAGUGAGGGCGAGGCGGUUCGUGGGGAUACUGGGAGACGGGCAGAGUGAGCAGCGAAGUCGGUUACCGGGCGAGUGAGACACCGAGAGAUGACGGAGCCCAGGAGGAGAAAAGCAGAGAAGGAGCCGGAGAACCUGAGCGACAAGGACGUUGAUGUUGAUGAUAAAGCAGGGCUGGAAGUUGAUGGUGAACCUGAUUUGAAACCUGAUUCAGAUAUUCCUGAUGUUCCACCCUCAAAUGACAGCACUCCUGAAGUAUUCAAUAAGGCCCUAUCAGGAUUAUCUUCAAGAUGGAAGAACUGGUGGAUUCGUGGGAUCUUGUCACUCGCCAUGAUUUCAUUUUUUUUUCUAAUCAUCUACCUAGGACCCAUAGUACUCAUGCUUGUGGUUCUCUAUGUUCAAAUCAAGUGUUUUCAUGAGAUCAUCACAAUUGGUUACAGAGUUUAUCGUUCUUAUGAACUGCCUUGGUUCAGAACAUUGAGCUGGUACAUCCUUCUCUGUGUAAACUAUUUCUUUUAUGGAGAAACAGUUGCUGAUUAUUUUGGUGGUCUGGUGCGAAGGGAAGUGCCACUUCAAUUCUUGGUCCGCUAUCACCGCUUCAUCUCAUUUGCAAUGUAUCUAGCAGGUUUCUGCAUGUUUGUUCUGAGUUUGGUGAAGAAGCAUUAUCGACUGCAGUUUUAUAUGUUUGGCUGGACUCACGUAACGUUGCUGAUUAUUGUUACUCAGUCUCAUCUGGUAAUCCAAAAUUUAUUUGAAGGCAUGAUCUGGUUUAUUGUUCCAAUCUCAAUUGUAAUUUGCAAUGAUAUAAUGGCGUACCUAUUUGGCUUCUUCUUUGGGAGGACUCCAUUAAUUAAGUUGUCUCCAAAGAAGACUUGGGAAGGUUUCAUUGGUGGUUUCUUUGCAACUGUUGUGUUUGGAUUUCUGUUUUCCUAUGCAUUGUCAAGAUACAAUUACUUUGUAUGUCCAGUGGAAUACAGCAGUGAAACUAACAGCUUUAUAGUUGACUGUGAACCUUCAGCUUUGUUCCAUCUGCAGGAAUACACACUCCCAUCUGUACUUCAGUCUAUUCUUGGAUGGGAAACCGUGCAUCUAUACCCAUUUCAGAUACAUAGCAUCGCUCUUUCUACGUUUGCAUCUUUAAUUGGGCCUUUUGGAGGUUUCUUCGCCAGUGGAUUCAAACGAGCUUUCAAAAUCAAAGAUUUUGCUGACACUAUUCCAGGACAUGGUGGGAUUAUGGAUCGUUUUGAUUGUCAGUAUCUGAUGGCUACUUUUGUCCAUGUUUACAUUACCAGCUUUAUCAGAGGACCAAAUCCAAGCAAAGUCUUGCAGCAGCUGUUAGUACUUCAACCAGAACAGCAGUUACAUAUUUACAACAUUCUGAAAUCCUAUUUAACAGAGAAAGGAGCACUUCAGCCAGCAAUAAAUGAACAGUAGCAUUUCGGUUUCUCUUGUUCUUCAUUAAAAUGCUGAAAACUGCAUGAAUCUAAGUCAAGAGUUAUUUGGAAUUUCUGAAAUACACUAUUUAAGGUGUUUCUGUGACUGAGACUAGCUUAUACUCUGUAAUGCUUUAUGCUGUCAAUAGAAAUGCAGGUACAGAGUCAUAUGAUCAACAGUCUUUAGUAUGAAACAUACCCAGUAAUAUAAUCUCAAUGAAAAAUCUGUAAUUAAUUUUAAUAUCUUGGAUCUAAACUAAAGACUUCAAUGUUAAAAUGAUUUUUAGUCCUUUUGGUUUUGAU